CGCGCCGCCGCCAGUGGCGUCCGUCGAAGCGGAGGGAAAGGCGCUCCUCCGGCCCCGCUUUCCGCCUCUCGCUCGUGAUAAUCUUAGAUAAUCAGUCAGUCAAUCUCUCGCGGGAACGAGGAGCCAGAGGGCACGGACGGACAAGGACGGACACGGACGCACGGGAAGGCAUCGCCAGCCACCGGAAGACAGGAUGGAAUUAAGGAUCCUUGUAGAGCAGAUUGUAAACUGGCUGGUCUCGGGCUUCCGUCGUAGUCUCAACAGCUUCUUGCGGUGCUUCCGGAUGCCACGCCCCCACGAGCCAGAGACGCCCCCUUCGCGUGGCGAAUGUCUCCUCGACACCACGAACGGAUCCACGGACAUUUUCAUUAGCCUCGUUAGCGGCGAUUUGCAGGCCUUCCUGAGCCUCGUUCAGGAGCGAACGUUGAUCGUAUGCGACAAGAGUAACUGGAAGGUCGUUGCAAAACUCCACCCGUAUCACGAAGACAGUGCUACUCCGGCGAGUGGGGACUCCCUGCCAGAAUGCCCUUCGAUCGCGUCAAACGAUGCUGACAUCCCUUCAGGAAAUACUGGUAUCUCGCUUGGACGAGAUGCUGAUGUCUCCUCCGGGAAAGGUGCUGGCAUUCCAUCAACAGAGGCUGACAUCCCACUAGAAGAUGCUGACAUCACAUCAGAUGCAAACACCUCACCAAAAUAUCACAUUCCCUUAGGAAAUGCUGCUGAGAUCCCAUUAGGCCAAAAUGCUGACAUCCCAGCAGGAGAUGCUGACAUGCCAGCAGGUGUUGCUGACAUGCCAGCAGGAGAUGCUGACAUCCCAGCAGGAGAUGCUGACAUCCCAGCAGGAGACGCUGACAUCCCAGCAGGAGAUACUGACAUCCCAGCAGGAGACACUGACAUCCCAGCAGGAGAUACUGACAUCCCAGCAGGAGACGCUGACAUCCCAGCAGGAGAUACUGACAUCCCAGCAGGAGACGCUGACAUCCCAGCAGGAGAUGCCGACAUCCCAGCAGGAGAUACUGACAUGCCAGCAGGAGACGCUGACAUCCCAGCAGGAGAUGCUGACAUCCCAGCAGGAGACGCUGACAUCCCAGCAGGAGACGCUGACAUCCCAGCAGGAGAUAGCGAUGGGCCAUCUGCCGCAGAACCAGAGCGAGGUCCCGAUGUCCCUCCAAAGUAAUUCUUAGACUCGAAGUUCUUUAGUUUCAUGAGAAAAGGAUAAACGUGUUGUGUUCCGAGUUACUGCUCAGUUGUGAUCAGAAAUCAUAGAGAGGAUUCUUCAGUUAGAUAAAGAUGAAAAAGGAAACUGAACAUUAAAAACAAGGAAGACGAAAAGGGAAGAAGAAGAAAAAGAAAAAAAAGCAAGGCAGAGGCAAAAGCAAGAAGAGAUGGCGGACAAAGAGAGAGAGGAGGAAGAGCAGACGAAGGAAAGGGAGAAUAAGAAGGUGCAAGGUUUUAUAAGCCAAUGAAGCCUCGCGCCGCGUGAUAUACACGGGCGUAAGUAGACCGUCAACAAAGCUCCUCUUUCGACGCGCACUUCAUGGCUUGGCCUCCGGCAAAUAUCGCCAGCCGGACUUUCCUUGGGAUUUUGAAGACUUCUUCCUGUUUUUUAUCUUUGCUUUGACUUACGCUGCAAAAGGAAUACGUGACAGAGAUGAGUGUCUCGGGAGACUCUUCACGAUGGCGUUGUUUUUUCUCCCUUUUAUUCGGAAUCCUUUACUGUUAUUACUUUGCUGUUGGAAAUAUUAUUUGUUAGAUUGUUUUGGUAUUCGGCAGGAUUUAUUUUGUCUUUCGGUAAUACUUCACUUGUAUACUGUGGUUUCAGAAGUUUUUUGUUUUUUUUCAAAGUAUGUGCAAUAUAUACAAGAAUAAACAGUGGAAUGUCCGUUUUAAAGUACUGUUGCAUCGUGCAAGAUCGGUUUAAUUGUAGAAUUACCAAGGGCCUCAUAUUAUUUAUACUCAUCACUCUAAUGUCCCUUCAAUAAAAGGGAUUGCAAUAUGUUUUAUGGAUAACAUUGCGCAUGGGUUUGCUUGCAAUAAACAUGAUGGAGGUGA